CUCUCUGCCAUACUGAAGCAGGUGUCCAACAUGGCGAACACUGGCAGCGGCUCUCUCGCGACUAUUCUCUCUUUAUUCGUGCUUCAAGCGGCUCUUCACAAAGUGGUGAGUCAGAACCUGGUGACAGACAACGUGUCGGUGGUGGAGGGCGAGAUGGCGAUCAUCAGCUGUCGGGUGAAGAACAACGACGACUCCGUUAUCCAGCUGCUCAACCCCAACAGACAGACAAUUUACUUCAGAGACAUGAGACCACUGAAAGACUCUCGCUUUCAGCUGGUGAACUUCUCAGACAACGAGCUGCGGGUGUCGCUGUCUAACGUCUCGCUGUCAGACGAGGGUCGAUAUGUUUGUCAGCUCUACACAGACCCCCCGCAGGAAGCCUACGCCGACAUCACUGUGCUAAUUCCUCCCGGUAACCCCAUCAUCGAGGCUCGAGAUGAGGUCCUGAGCGAGGGCAACGAGACAGAGAUGACCUGCACCGCCAUGAGCAGCAAGCCCGCCGCCGCCAUCAGAUGGAUGAAGGGAGACAAAGAGCUCCCAGGUAAGCCCAAAGUUGAGCUGACCUACGACAAGAUGUACACGGUGACCAGCCGGCUGACGUUCACCGUCAGCAAGGAGGAUGAUGGCGUGCCUGUGGUUUGCAUCGUCGACCACCCCGCAGUCAAGGACUUCCAGGCACAGAAAUACCUGGAGGUGCAGUACAAACCGGAGGUAAAGAUCGUGGUAGGAUUUCCUCACGGUCUGACCAGGGAAGGAGAGAACCUGGAACUGACGUGCAAGGCCAAAGGCAAACCCCAGCCACAGCGGGUGAACUGGGUCAAGGUGGACGACGACGUGCCGUCCCACGCCGUCAUCACCGGCGGGGAUCUUUACAUCGAGAACCUAAACAAGUCCUACAACGGAACCUACCGCUGCAUGGCCUCCAACUCAGUGGGGGAGUCUUUCGACGACUACAUCCUCUACGUCUAUGAUGCUCCCACCACCACCCCUAUACCCACCACCGCCACCACCACCACCUCCACCAUCACCUCCACCAUCUCCUACCCUGAAGCCAAUCAAGAUUCACGAGCCGGAGAAGGAGCCCCCAGAACGGUGGACCACGCAGUGAUUGGCGGGGUGGUGGCCGUGGUCGUCUUCGCCAUGCUCUGUCUACUCAUCGUCUUGGGGCGUUACUUUGCGAGACACAAAGGUACCUACUUCACGCACGAAGCCAAAGGGGCGGACGAUGCAGCGGACGCGGACACGGCCAUCAUCAACGCAGAGGGCGGCCACACCAACUCGGACGAAAAGAAAGAGUACUACAUCUAAUCCGAGCCAGACCCUC